AUUUUGGCCCAUACACACGGUGGACCACCAUAUCAACAGUCCGGAUCAUCACAUGCGUAGCUCGAGCACCUUGAAGAGGGAGCCAUACACUACAGAAUUUCCACUUUCAAACUGUCAUUGCAUUUCAACCAGUCGCAAUGAAGCAAUUUCCGUCCAAAUCACCAGAAAUCAGAGCUAAAGCAAUGCUUUCCAAAACGCCCUCCAAUCUCUCGAAAAUCCCCACUUUACCAACCUCUCUCAAAUGGCGAACCGAGCUCCAGCAAUCCCACCUCAUCUCCCAAGUCUCCUCCCUCCUCUUACACCACAAGCACUGGAUCACAAUCCUCCGAAAUCGCAAUCUCAUUUCCAAACUCACCCUUCCCAUCUUUCUCAAAAUCCUUCAUAAUACCCAAAACAACCCCCAAAUCUCCCUCCAUUUCUUCAACUGGUCCAAAACCAAUCUACCCUUCAAACCAGACCUCAAAUCCCACCUCAAAAUCAUCCAAAUCUUGGUCCAAUCCAACCUUCAAGAACCCGCAAGAUCAAUCUUGAAAGAACCCAUCAUCCAAUCAGAACCGAUAUCAACAGUCGUCAAUUCAUCGGUCAAAAUCUGUAAGAACGGUAGUGUACGAUCUCUCGUUCUUAGCUUCCUCCUCGAGAACUACCCAAAUUGUAAUUUGGGUAUCGAACGUCUAGAGAUGUUUAGGAGAAUUAGAUCUUACGGAUGUGUCCCGACCGUCAACAGCUGUAAUGCAUUGCUCGAUACUUUUGAACGGUCUGGUGAUUUACAUCUCGUUUGGUGCUUCUUCGCUGCGGUUAUCCGCAGUGGAGUUUUACCAAAUUCGGUUAUGUGGGUUUUGCUCACUCGGGUUUUUUGUAGAGAAGGGAAGCUCAAAAUGGCCGUGAAGUUGUUGAAUUCGGGAUUUUCAAGUGCUGGAAUGUAUAAUCUGGUUAUAGAUGGUUAUUGUAGAAAUGGGUAUUUUCCAACCGCAUUGGAUCUUUUGAAUGAGAUGUGUUGUAAGAAAUUGAUGCCAGGUUUUGGUACUUAUAGCUCGAUCCUUGAUGGAGCCUGUAAAUUCGGUGAUGUUGGUGUUAUGGAUUUGAUAAUGAGAGAGAUGGUUGUCAAGGGAUUCCUGCUGAUGAUGGAUAAUGGGGAUUAUGAUUUGGUUAUUCAGAAAUUUUGUGAUUUGGGUAAAACAUAUGCAGCGGAGAUGUUCUUUGAAAGAGCCCGGAGUGAGAAGAUCGGAUUAAGGGACAGUUCGUAUUUGUGUAUGUUGAAGUCAUUUUCAAAAGAAGGGAGAUCAAAUGAUGCGAUGCGAGUGUAUAGAAUGACUCAAGAAAAGGGAAUUGUGAUGGGUGAUGAUUGUGGUAAUGCAUUUGCAAAUGUGAUUUGCAAGGAAGAACCGUUGGAGGAAGUGAAUAUGAUUUUGAAAGAUGUGAUAAGAAGGGGAUUUCUUCCUUUGGAUCUUUCAAAGUAUGUUGAUGUUCUAUGUAGUAAAGGUCAAUGGCAGGAAGCGGAUGAUCUUUUGAGUGUGGUUUUUGAAAUGGGGUUAUUGCCUGAAGGCUUUUGUUGUCAGUCAUUGGUAAAGCGUCAUUGUGCUGACGGGCGCAUUGAUUCGGCGUUGGCAUUGCAUUAUAAGAUGGAUCGAUUGGGAGGGUGUUUGGAUUUAAUAUCGUAUAAUGCACUUCUUCAUGGGCUCUGUGUGGAUAAGAGAAUUGAAGAAGCAGCCCAAGUGUUUGAUUGUAUGAGAAGGAGAAAUGUGCUGAGCAGUACGAGUUUUUCAACUAUGAUAAUUGCACUCUGUCAUGAGAAGGAGAUGAGGAAGGCCAUGAAGAUGCAUGAUGAAAUGCUGCAGAAGGGGCUCAAGCCUGAUGAAGUCACUUACAAGCGAUUAAUAUUGGAAUUUAAGACACUCAGUAUGCAGUUGGAAAAUUUGGGACAAAAAUCUGCCAGAAGCAUUUCUGAACAAGGUGCUGGAAUGAUAUCAAUUCCUUAUGCUCUGUCAAAAGGAGGAUGGUUGAGCUUGAUACUUAUUCUACUUGUAGAAAUAAUAUGUUGCUACACAGGAUUACUCCUGUGAAAAUAUAUGGAUGCAGACCCACUUAUCAAAAGCUACCAGGGCAUUGGCUUGUGAAGUUGAUGGUCUUAGAUUUCAUGGAAGAGGAGCCUUUUAUAAUUUGAGCGGAAUUCCUACUUUUAUCAGCUCAUGUGAUUUCUGUUAUUGUGGGCAUGCAGUUUUCCCCACCAUAUACAUUUCUAUGAAAGAUGGGAGUCGGUUCUUUAACGUAAGUGAAAACAAGGGUACCCUA